AAUAGCACGUUGUACAGAUUGUCUACAAGCAGUCGAGAUGAUUGCGGGAAUCUUCUUGUUGACAAAAUGGAUCCGGAUGCCCAGAUGCGUCUAGGAAAAUUGUUGGACGACGUUGACGAGCCGUCAUUGUCUUCUGCGGAGAGGGCCACUUAUGGAGUACUGACAGGACAUCUCGACUCGUUGUUGGCUAUGUCCAACUGUUGGGAAGACAAGCUGUGGGCGCACUGCAAGUCAUUGAGCGAACAAAUGUUCGACGAGUUUCGCAGUGGUAUGGCCACAAGCGCUUCUUCGCCGGCUCUGCGCUUUUCACAAAUAUUUCCCAAAUUGGGACUCAGCGAUGAUGACUUUAAAGGAGGAUUUUUUUGCAACGUGCAAAAAUUUCUGGCGCUGAGGCACUACGACGCCCUUAUCCGCUACUUGGACAAUGCCAUGAGUCAAAACAGUGCUUUUAACAGACAUAGAGCAAGAUUCUCUUGUCACCUAGUUUUUCAGCUAAGGUCGUUUGGAGUCGACAUAGAAGAGCGCACGUACAAUCUGCUGAUUGAACACUACGUUAAAGUGUUGAUCAGCGACCGACGCGUCUCGCUUAUUCCCUUUUACGUUUCGAAACUUCGAAGAGAUCUCCAAAUCCUUUGGUACGCCAAGUUUUUAGAAGACGUAUUUGACUCAUCUGAGAGGCAGCGGUACCUUGCUCAAGCGCGAGAGCACAAUCUUGAUGUAUAUUCUAUAUGUCUGGCCGUCGCCGAACAGCUCAGAAAACAUUAUUUGGCUCUUGUCGGCAACAGUGGCCAUCCGGAAACUGGUUCAUUGACUACGUCUGAGUUUUCAUUGCGCAAAAGUGUAACUGAGGACGAAGAGAAGGUGAUCAGCGCAAUAGAAUGGCUGUUGUUUGAACCGGAUAUGCUAAUGGCUGAAGCGGUACGUGAAGCCGGUGCUCUUGGACGAGUGUUUCUGCUUAAUGAAAAUCUGGCAGCUGUGGAGAAGUUGUUCGAUAUUUUGCCCGACAAUGCGGACGAGGCGGCUAUAGACAUUUGGAAGGAGCAGAAUGACGACGCGUCCGGCGCCCUGACUACGGAGCAGAAAAAUAUUCUGAAGGACUACCACAGCAUCAGAAUCUAUAUAGUAGGGUGA